AUGGAUCCAGGUGGAGAUGUUGGGGCACAAGAUGCUGCUUGUGACAUCACCACUGAAGAUAGUAAGAGCCCUGAAGAUGUACCAAGUUUAGAAACACAACACAGCCUUAAAGAAAUCCACACUUGGUGGGAGAUUCCAGCAAUUGCUCACUUCUGUUCAUUGUUCAAGGCUGUGUUUGGGUUUUGUGAUUUUGAUAUUGAGGACCUGGAGGAAGCACUUUUGACUUCACCGGCUCAGGGGGGAAGCACUCUUGUCAUUGACAUCAUCUGUCAGCUGUUAAAUGGCUGCUAUGCACGAGAUGACAUCAAGUACUACAAUUAUGAUCUGUUCCUGAAAGACAUCUUUUUGAUGCUGAAGAUUGGAGACAGCUUGCGGGUCGAACCCCUGGGUACGGAUGCUAAGGGAGCUAAGUAUUGGUAUUUCUAUGGAACUCGCCUUUACAAGGAAACACCAGAACAAGAACUUAAAGAUGACAAGAAAGGGAGAAGAAAAAACCUUGAGGAACUGGAGAAUGAGGCAGAGGCAGACAAGGGGAAUGAAGACGUGGGACAUGUGAAAAGAAAUCCAGUGUUGAGUGUUGCAGAGCCCAAGAUGGUGGAGAAAGCUCUGGAUGAGGAAGAGGGAGAACUUGAUGUUGAUAUGCAAGAAGAAGAGUCUACUGUUACCCCAGCGGUUGAUUCGGCAGAUGACGAAGAUGUCGAUGAUGAACAAAAAGAACUUGCUCAGGCAUUGUAUGAGAGUGAAAACGGUGAGGUAGACGAUGACGACGAUGAUGUAGACUAUGAAGAAGAGUUGAAAAAGAAAAAGUCACCCAAAUCAAAAAAGAAAUCCACCCCUAAGAAAAGUUCAGCCAGACAAGCUGAGAAGGAGGAAACAGAGAUUGUUCCAGAGACUAAAUUUAUUGAAACUGUCUGCAAAAGUCGGAAGAGAAGAUCCUAUUAUACGGGUGGAAAGUCGAGGUCAAGAAGCCGAAGCCAAAAGAAAAAGGCAGCUGAAAGCAAAAGUCUAGGUCAAGAAGAAGCAGAAGAAGGAUCUAGAUCAAGCAGCCGGAAGCAGUCAAAGUUGAACAAUUCCUCAAGCCAGAAGCAAACUCAAGAAUCAUCACCUGUACCUACACGAAGAUCUCGGCGGCGAAUGAAAGAGGAUGUCGAAACAGAGGUGAUACUCGACCCAAACUUACCCCAGUCAGAACUGAAACGGCUCACAGUUGAUGGUUUUCAUAAUCAGUUGAGUACUCGACGGAGCAGAACUGCAAGUCAGAAAGCUAAGGAUGCAUCAGUCAAAUCUGAUUUGUUAGAGGGAUCAGAGGUGGACAUUUCAGCUAAAAGAAGUGAGGACAUGGCUUCAUCUAAACAGAAAAGUAGCAAGAAAAGUAGUGACACACAAAUCAUUGGUGCUACUGGGGGCAACAGUCAGCCGGAGUUGGAUAGCCAGAGUCUCCAAGGAUCUGGAGUUCAAUCUGCUCUCCAGUCGUCUAAAAGUAAGCCAUCUGAAACUCCAGAAGCGGGUCGAAAUGUCAAGAGGGGAAGCUCAAGAAGAAAGUCUACACCACAGAGAAGGCAGAAUAAAAGUUCAAAAUUAGAGAUCAAGUUGGAAUGCAAAGAAGAAAGUACAUCUGAACUGAUAUCAGGAAGCAUAGAAGAAAAAAGUGUGCCUAAAGGCAACCAGGAGAAAGAAACAGAACAAAGUGCAAAUGACUUGCACCAUUUGGAAGGGCAGAUAUCUGAGCGUGAAAAUCCUCAGAAUUUACAAAGUCAAACAGCUGUGUGUACAGAACCAGAACAUGCCGUUGAAGAUAGUUGUAGUCAGGAUAAAGAAGUGUUGAAGGAUGAACAUGAUGAUAAGAAAGUAAGCAAGGAGGGAAUGAAGCUAGUAAGCAGCAUUGGAAGUUCUUCUGCUUGUCUGGUUUCUACUGGAAGCACACAAGAAGAAGCAGAUGAGGAUGAAAGAAUCAUUGACUUGGAACUCACAGACGUGAGAGAUGCAGAAAGAGAAAUGUCAGUUAACUUGAAAGAGGGAUGCACAAAAGAUGUAGAGAGAGAAGUGUCAGUUAACUGGAAUGAGGGUUACAUAUCAGAUGUAGAUAGAGAAGAGCCAGUUGAAUUGAAUGACCAGUGCAUAAGAGAUACACAAAGAGAAGGGUCAGUUAACUUGAAUGAGGGAGACUGGAGGGCCCCACCAGGAAUGACUGAUAUAGUCAUUGGUGUUAAUAGUCAGGAAGAAGCUCAUAAGAGUGAUCACGCAUCCAUGGAGGAAGAAGAUGGUUCAACCAUAUUGCAGGACUUUGCUUCUGUUGUAGCACCAGCAGAGAUAGAACCAGAUACAAUUACAGAAGUCUUUAUAUCUCAAGUAGCAUCAACAGCUGAAAUAGAGCCAGGUACAGUUAUAACAGACUUUGUAUCUCAAGUAGCACCAACAACAGAGAUAGAGUCAGGUACAUUUAUGACAGGCUUUGUGUCUCCAGGAGCACCACCAACAACAGAGAUAGAACUAGGUACAAUUACGACAGACUUUGUAUCUCAAGUAGCACCAACAGCUGAAAUAGAAGCAGGUACAGUUAUAACAGACUUUGUAUCUCAAGUAGCACCAACAGCUGAAAUAGACGCAGGUACAGUUACAACAGACUUUGUGUCUGAAAUCGCACCAAGAACUGAAACAAAACUGGAUAUGAUUGCAGUACAAAGUAGUGACUUAUCGGUGACAGCCGAAGAUGUUGCCACAGAAGUCUGUGCUUCAAGUACUGAUGCCGAUUCUCUUGCAGAAAGUAGCCCCAUGAUAAGUUCUGUUACCACACAUUCUGAAGUCGACUCUAGCAAUUCUGGUGAUCUAGAAACAAGACCUGAUCCAGCCUCACUCAAACCUGUCAUUCCAUCGGAAGUGCCAGGUUCAGAUCUGAAUAAUGUGAAAUUAUAUAGUGCAUCCGAACAGGUAACAGAGCAGGCUGCUGUCUCCUCACUUCAUUUGGGUCCUGGACUGACUGCUAAUUCUCUGUCAAAUGUAGACGUUGAGAUGGAGCAUCUGAAUGUUGGGGUUGGUGAACUUGUGCAGCAGAAUUCUCUCCAUGAAGAAAUGGAAGUGGAUGCCACAAGUGAGGAUGCUGUUUGUGUGACAGGGAGAGGAGAGCAAACACAUUCAGACAUUAAUGAGGAAGACCAACCUGGCCGGUGUACAGAUGAGGAUACUUUACAUAGUAAUGGGUCACAUAAUGCAGUAUUGCCAAAACAGACAGCUCCUACUUUUGAGCUGAAGACAGUAGAAGAAACACCUAUGGAUGUGGAUUUUAUUCCAGAGUCAGUCACUUUGGAAACAGAAAUCAGCAAUGAAGAAAUUACCACCAGUCAGCAUUUAAUGGUUGACACUGUUGUGGAUAUUAACAGUGAUACAAAGGUUGAAGUUGAUGGUUUUAAACAGUCAACCUAUAAUACUAAUCUGGAAGCUAACAGGGGUGAACAAUCAAUAGAUAACACUAAUGUGGAAGUAAAGUGCAGCGGUCUGUCAGCAAGUAAUACAAAGUUUGAAAUAAAGUUAACAUGUAACUCUAAUAAUGUGGAAAUUGCAAGCAAUGAGCAGUCCAGUUCAGGUUUCAGCAGUCAAUCUCCCAGAGGUGAUUCUGUUGCAGACAGCAGUAAUGCUGAAGAGCAUCUCAGUGAGCAGUCAUACGGUGGAAAUCUUAUAGAAGGUAUCACUGAAAGAACAUCCUUUACUACAGAGAGUGGUCAGAACUAUGUUGGUCAAGAGUUUCCUGAACAUCAUACGAAUGUCCCUAUCAUUCCAGUGUCCAGUAAUCCAUCGCUAGAGAGAGCUGUGUCAGUACAAAGUGAACAGGCUGCUGGAGAUCAAUCAUCAGAAGCAGCUGUUGCACCCUCUGAUCUACCAGCUGCACAGGAAACUGAUCAGCAGCCGGUAACAGUAACCACUGUAUCAGCUCAAGGACAUAUCACGUCUGCCAGUGGAACAUCUUCCAGCUGUGACACGGUUGAAUUGAAGACAGCGGUCACUUCAAAGACCAUGGAUUCUUCCGACUUGGAUACAAACCAGCCACCAGUUUCCGUUUCACCUGUGCCAAAAUGUGACAAACAGCUGCAGGAAUCUAACUUGAUUGUAGAGGAAAUGAUUGUUGAUGGAAAGCAACGGUUUGUGGGGAGGGAGAAUUAUGAAAAGUCAAACGAGGUACUGUCUCAGAAACUAGACCAUGACGCAGACUUGGCUGAAAGAAGUGCUGAUGUACAGGAGCGAGCAGUAGAUGGUUGUGUUGAAAUGUUAACUGGGGAUAAACAAACGGAGACUGACAGUGGCAUUGUUCAAAUAGGCAUAAGUAGAACAGGUAGAACAGGUAGUUGCAGGGAAGUUGAGAUGAGAAUCCCAGGUGAAACAAGUUUUGAUGGCAAAAGAGAUGAAGGUGGCAGUGAUGCAAGUGAUGAGCAGAGGAGAUUAGGUGAUCAACCUGAGGCGAUAUGUGCCGAUUUGAGCUUUGAAGCAGUUGACAGCAAUAUGACAGCUGAAAAGAAUGAGGGGGAUGUAAUAGCUGAGAGAAAUUAUGACGAUGCUACAUUUGUGACAUGUGGUAAUGAAGUAUCACCAGAGAAAUUUGUUGGUGAUGCUAAAACUAGGCCAUGUGAUGUUGAGUUGGUUGAAAUGGACAAUGGUUUGACAUCGGCUGAAAUAGGCAAUGAAAUAACAGCAUAUCAUUCAGUCAGUAGUGAUGCAACAUGCAUGUCAGAAAAUGAAGAAAUAGCUGCAACAGAUGAUAAUGCAACAGCUGUGACAGAAGUUCUUACAGUCAGCGAUGCAACAUCUGUGACCGAUAUAGUUACAGCUGUGAAGACAGUUGGUGGUGCAGCGCCAGUGACGAAUAAUGAAGUUACAGCAGUCAGCGAUGCGGUUUCUGUGGCACAUAUUGAAGUUACAACAGUGGAGACUGUUGGUGAUGUAACGCCAGUGGCGAAUAAUGAAGUUACAGCAGUCAGCGAUGCGGUUUCUGUGGCACAUAUUGAAGUUACAACAGUGGAGACUGUUGGUGAUGCAGCGCCAGUGACAAAUAAUGAAGUUACAGCAGUCAGCGAUGCGGUUUCUGUGGCAUAUAUUGAAGUUACAACAGUGGAGACUGUUGGUGAUGCAGCAGUAGUGACAAAUAAUGAAGUGACAGCAGUCAGUGAUGCGGUUUCUGUGGCACAUAUUAAAGUUACAAAAGAUGAGACUGUAUGUGAUUCAGCAGCUGUCACAUACAGCCCUAUUACAGCAGUCAGCGAUGCAGCGUCUGUAUCGGAAGCCAUGUUAACUGAGAGGGGUGGUUUUGCAGCCAUUGUGGCAGAUGACUGUGACAAAACAACUGACACUGAUGGAAAGGAUGCAGUUUCUGCGACAGAUGUUGAUGCAACAGUCAAGAUGGUUAGCAACUGUAGAGAAGCUGAUGCCACAGCAGACAGCACAAGUUGUGAUGGUUCAUCAGCUGGGGCACAUCAGAACCACUCUGAGACCAGGGAGAGCAUUCCUCAAACUACUGCAGGCAAUACGGUGGCAAGUCGGGGGGAUUCUAACACCCAGAACCACACUGAGAUGAGUAAAAGCAACACUGAGACACGCCAGGGUGGCUCAUCAGUUAGGACUGACAGUGGUGAGGCCCUAACUCAGAGGUUUCUUGUAAUACUGAGGAACGAAAUCCAGAGCUCAGCAUGCGCAUCUGUGGUAAUGACACCAGCAAAAUUGACAAUGCUUGAAGUUUCACAGACAAAAGAAAGUGACAUGUUGGAAAGUGAAGUUUCACAGACAAAAGAAAGUGACAUGUUGGAAAGUGAAGUUUCACAGACAAAAGAAAGUGACAUGUUGGAAAGUGAAGUUUCACAGACAAAAGAAAGGGUCAUGUUGGAAAGUGAAGUUUCACAAACAAAAGAAAGUGACAUGUUGAAAAGUGAAAUCCUUCAGACACAAGAAAGGGACAUGUUGGACAGUGAAAUGUCUCAGACACAGGAAUCAGAAAGUGAAAUACCUCAGACACAAGAAUUAGAAAGUGAAAUCUCUCAGACACAAGAAUGUGACAUGUUGGAAAGUGAAAUCCUCCGAACAAGAGAAUGUGACAUGUUGGAAAGUGAAAUCCUCCGAACAAAAGAAUGUGACAUGUUGGAAAGGGAAGUGGUUACCCAGAUUAAUGAAAAUGAUGUGCUAGAAAGUGAAGCCAUUAUUGAAGAAAAUGACAUGCUAGUCAGUGAAGCUAUCAUCCAAGCUAAAGAAAAUGACAUGCUAGUCAGUGAAGCUAUUAUCCAAGCUAAAGAAAAUGACAUGCUGAUCAGUGAAGCUGUCAUCCAAGCUAAAGAAAAUGACAUGCUAGUCAGUGAAGCUAUCAUUCAAGCUAAAGAAAAUGACAUGCUGGAUAGUGAAGUCGUCAUCCAAGCUAAAGAAAAUGACAUGCUGGACAGUGAAGUCGUCAUCCAGUCAGAAAAAAGUGACAUUGCUGAAAGUCAGGUUAUUAAUGAGGUAGAGAACAAUGUAAGCUUAACUAGUGCUGCUGGCGAUGCUCAAACCCAGCUACCCAGUGACAGUAAGGAUGAAGAUACUGCAGCGUUGACUGACCCUGCAGCACCUGACACUCUUCUUCUUAACAAUGACAAACAGAAUGAAGCCUUGAUUUCUGAUGGAAAAGAACAAGAUAUCAGCAGUACAGAAGCAGAGACACUUGUUAAAAAUGCUGCGUCAAGUGUACAAAGUUAUAUUGAUGCAUCUGCUGUGGAUGGCUUGAAAAAGAAUUCAGGAGCUAAUGAGACACAACUAAGAGAAAAUGUUGAAUUUGAAGCCAAUGCAGACAUCACAGAUGAAGUCAAAGAUGAGCCUAAGGAGGAGAUUAAAGAGGAAACAAGCUUACAUCCUAAGGAGUCCUCUGUCAGCAAUGUUGUAGAGGAUGAAAAGCCUAAAGAUGAAGUCUGUCAAAGUGUUUCACUGUAUGGCGACGAGAGACCAUUGCUAGCUGGUCUUAGUCAUUGGCAGUUGGUGUGCGACACUGUUGAAGACUGGGAGACCCUGGCUGCUGAGCUAAAAGAGACAAGUAUUUACAAAGAGAAGCUCCUGUACCGCAUUAUCAAGAAUGAUUUUCUUCCGGAAAUACCAGCUAUCAUGGCUGACAAGAUACAGGCACGAGAAAAGAGAGCCAAAGAAAUGCUUCCCCGAAGGUCAUCCUACAGGCUGGAACUGAAGAAAUUGGAAGAAGAAAAGAAAGAGCAGCUGCACAGAGUGGUAGAGGAAGAAGAGGAGCGGCACAGGGCUGUAGCUGAAGAGGAGAGACGACAGCAGAUGAAAAUUGAAGAAGAAAAACGUCUAAAGGAGGAGCGGGAGAAAGCUAGAGAGGAAAGAGCCAACAGAGCUCGCCUGAGAGAAGAAAGGGCCAGGUUAAUUGCAGAAGGUAAAGAGAUCCCACCAGAGCUGAUGAAUGGUCUCAGACAGGAAGAGAUUGAUCAAGAUGAUGUUGAUGAAGAAAUGCAGUUCAACCUAGAGAAAGUUUUGCUUACUGUCAAGCGGAAUGAGUAUUCCUGGCCCUUCUUGGAGGCAGUUGAAGAAGUAAACACACCUGACUUCUUUGAUGCAAUUAAGGAACCCAUGGACCUGCUGCAGAUUGAAAAGAAACUUUCAGAACGGGGCUAUAAAUCCACAGAGCAGUUUGAGAGAGACAUGAACCUUGUCUUUGACAACUGCAUUGAAUAUCACGGCAAGGAUAGUGAUUUUGGGUUCAUGGCUGAGAACCUAAAGGGCGUAUUUGAACGAAGCAUGAGGCGGACAUUCCGUGUGUACCUAGAGCCUGCCACUCACCACCGAGGGCGUCGGCGGGACACUUGGGGAGAUUCAAGCUAUGAUGUUGAGUAUGGUGUUGCUGGGGGUUUACGACCGGCCAGGAGAAGAAGUAACUAUAUGGAGGCCUUGGAUGCAGAAGCUUACACCACUGGUCGUAUCCUGUACCCUUCGGGCAGGAAAUGGGGGUCAGAGGAUGAAGAGGAUAAAACCAAGGCAGGACAAGGAGAAAAUGUUAAACAGGAAACAAAUGCACCCGAGGACAGUGAGGCCCAGUUGAAGCCAAGGGCGACAUGGAGUUACCGCCGUGAACUUGGCCAUGAUGCCAAUGAUUUUGAGUCAUACAUUCCCAAAUCAAGCAAAGUGAAAACUGAAGGGACUGAGUCGUCGAGUGUUCCACAUCAGGUGGAUCUCACCAAAUUUGCGGGAGCCAAAUUUCGCUACUCUAUUCAACCCAUCAUGGACAAGGGUCGUAAGCUUCCACAGAUGGUUAUCAACCAGUAUGUGAAGAAAGUUAAGACUGAAGAGAAACCACAGCCAGGUGAGCCAACAGCAGCAACGGCAGGAGCACCAUUAACUACAGCUGCAGUCAGACCACCAGUAAAGAUAGUGAAGAUUUCCAGGGAAGAGUAUGCAAAGCUCCUUGCAGAAAACAAAAUAACUAUUGUCCAGGCCAAUAGUCCCGCAGGACAGGUAAUAAAACUACAGGCAGGUCUUCAGCUGAAAGAAGCAGCUUCCUUGGGCAAACCUUCCCAGCAGUCUUCGCUGUCACCAUCAUCCUCCACAGCUCCAGUACCUGCUGCUAGAGGGGGCCAGAGGACACCAACAGAGGAGCAGGUCAGAGCUUCAAAUUCCAAUCUCGAGAAGGCCAAGUCUGCUGGCCUGAAGCCUCAGAAGGAGGAAGGAGAGCGUAGCAGACCUGCUCCUGCGGACAUCAAGGCUCGUUUGAGGCAGAUCAAUGAAAAAUUGGCCAAGAAACUGAAGUCUCCAGUUACAAAAGAAGAAACUGUUUAUGAAAAUACCAAAAUAGUUGAAGGACAAGUGGUUUUCAAUGUUGCACCAAACAAGAUGGAAACUUUAACAUUAUAUGGUGAGGGUGCUUUGCAAGCAAAACGACCUGCUUAUAAUUCCAGUAGGUAUCUUCAUCCAACAGCAGCUUCCUUUGCUAAGAAAAUUGAUAACUUAGGGCAUUCAGACAAAUUGCCACCUGUUAAAAAGGUUAGAUUUAGUGAUGAAUUUGAAGUUAGAGAAACAGACUCAGAGUAUAGUGGAACCUAUCCUGACCAGAAAGCUGACAGCAACUGCAAUGUCCUGACACCUCGAGACCAACAGAACACAGAGGUCAGUGACAGGUUGCACUUUCAUACCACUGCCUCCACCUCAUCUGCAUCUCCUCAGUCUUCUGCAUCUUCCUCAACAACAGCUGGAACACCAUCAUCAUCUUCAUCACCAUCAUCUGCUUCAAAAUCAGCGGCACCAAAAUCAUCGGUUUAUGAGAAAUGGAAAAGACGGGUCAGCAAAACCAAUGUUGGGCUGGUGCCAAAGCUGAAUCUUGAAGAAACAGAGCCUUCUUUAUCAAAGCACAAAACCAUCUCGGAUGAGGGUGAGCAGGCUGUUGCACGGCAGGAUACUGGUACAUCUGAAACUGGUAGGUCAUCAAAGAAGAGGGCAGUAUCUCCAUCACAGGCAGAUAGUGAUACAUUGAGUAAAAAAUCCAAAGUUGAUGUCACUUGCGAUGAUGAAGAUGCAAAUUUGAAGUCUUUAAUAGCUGAAGCUGAGCUGCCCUCGGAGCCGUCUAACAGUGAGGAGAAGCAGACGCAGCCUCCUCAGAUGAUUGAUACUCCCCACCCCAUUGUCCAGAAGGAGGAUGAAUUAGAGGAAGCAUCUUCAAGCAGGCAGCAUUCUCAUCCUGAAAAAGAGCUGUCACAAAAAAGACAGCUAUCGCCAUGUUCAGAGAGAAAUCAGCUGCCCAGGAAAAAGUUAAAAGUAUCAACACAAGAAGUUUCCAAAGUAUUGGAGAAACUGAAACAGGUCUCACCUCUUAAGCAGUCAGCACAGCUCAGCAGUGCCACAUAUAGUUCAUCAGAUGUGGCUGGGCCAACUCUUCCUGAAUCAUUGGAGAAUGAAGUGCUCUCAGAUGGUGAGAAACUAACAUUACAGGAGGACAGUGGUCUCCCAAAACAGAACGGAAAGUGCAAGAAUACAACCAACCAGAGAUCUGACAGUAACACUGACAGAGACUCAUUUUGUAGGGCUCUAGAGCUGCAACACAAAGAUAAGUCAACAGUACUAUCAGCACAAGAUGAUAUCCACCUUACUGGAUCAUCUACUUCAUGUCAUCCGGAGUCUCAGACACUGUCUUCGUCUUCAUCCACAACCGAAUCAUCCACUUCCUUUGAACAUUCAGCAGUGCCCACACCUUCAACAUCAUCUUCUGGUACAUUGCGACUGCCUGAUUUGUCCACACAGCUGGUUCAUAUCAUGGCCCAAAAGAAGAAAUGGAUGUCAGAGGAGAAGGGUUAUGAAAACUGUGAUUCUCCCCAGGGACUCAGUCCUCCACUCUUAGAACCCAUAGAGCCAGUCGCGGACAUUGACAUCAAUCAAAAGUCAAUGACCACAUCUUCAGAUGACGGAGACGAUGAAAUGCCUGUGUUAGUUCCUGACCAUCUUCCACAGUCACUUGUAGAGCCAGGCUCGGAUAAUAUCUUCCAGCGUAUGAUGAGUCCAGAGAAGAGUAAAAUAUGA